AUAAUAUUUAUUCUAUAGGUGUCGGUUAUAAAUAUCACACUUAAUUGCUUUCAAUUAAUAUAUUCGUACACAACAAUGAAUACAGUUUUAUAUCACAUUGAUAAUUUGCGGAUGUGGAAGAGUGGAAAUUGGGUGAAAUAUGAAACUAAAGCUUUCCCUUUGGUAUUAAGACUUCACUAUGAUCAGCUUCUUAUUACAAUGGAGGAAAAAGUUAUAGAAUCACUUAAUAUAAAUAGCAAACUAAAAGGGAUUUUCAAAGAUGACGUACUUAUAUUAAUUAUUAGCGUUAUUGGACAGGAGGUCAGAAAAAUUAAAUUUCAAAUAAAAGAAAAUGUUAACCAGUGCUUACAAAAAUUAGGUUUAAGAUUCCCUGUGUUAAAAUUUGGUUCAGAACCAUCUAGAAAAAAAUUUAAAGGAAAAUAUCGCAAUGUAGAGGACAUAUUAAAGAAAACAUUUGAAGUAAAAGAUUCAUUGCAUACGUCCAUAACGCCGGCUGAAUAUAAAAAUUUCGUAAAAUUGUGUCUUCUAGAUCCAUUAUUUCCGCAACUUGUGAUUGAAACCGAAGACAUAGUAAAUGAAUAUUUAGAAAAGACUGAUGUAUGAAUUAAAAUGAGAAAAAAUGCUAGAUUGAUAUUCUUAUUUGAUAUUUUUGAUUUUGUUCAUGUAAAUAAAUUUAAACUUUGAAUAAAUUUUCAGAAUUAUUUAAAAAGUCAUUUUUAUUAUCAGUCGUCAGGAGUUGCCUGAUGUAAUUUUCUGUGCAUGUCAACAGUCAAAUUUAAAAAAAGCCGUUUGUUUUUGAAACACUGUUGAUAGACUUAAAGCAAAACAAAUAAUAAAUAUUCAAUAAGUUUUAAUAUUUUUUUUCAGUAAUAGAGAAUUGAGUUGUUUUUAGCUUUAAUCAUGAUGUCUAAUAGAUAUACGUUGGGACAAUCUUCAAUACGGAAAUCUAGAUUAGAAGGCAAGCCUUCUCUUCUUCCUAAGCCUCGUCGGCCGGGUUCAAGUGAUCGAUUAUCAACGGAGACUCGUCGUCCUUCUGCAGCUGGACACAGAUCUAGCAGCGCUGAUCCACCUAGAGGAACAUUCGGCCCUCGGUUGAGCAGAGAGGCUUCUGCUACGAAGCUACCUGUGAAUGGGAGGUCUAGAUCACAAACAGGUGAUGCUAAGUAUGGUGCGGCCACCUCGACUCCAUUGCGAGUAAGCCACUACAGGUCUACUACUACUCCACAGAGAACCCCUUCAGAGGAUCGGCUGAAUCGUGAUUGGAAGACCUGUCUUGAAAGAGCAUUAGCCUUUGUGACCAUCAAAGAUCAGAGGCCAAUAUCUAAUGUGGCCUGGCAGCGUUCUGAGUGUGCGAGGGUGGGUGAGGCUCUGGCCAAGCGAGAGUCUUCGAUGGCUCUGAUCCGUCCGCUGACUAUCACACGCUUUGUGGACACCGUCGGGGCUCUACUGACUGCUAUCACCAAGGAUGCUAAACUUAAUAAUGACAAUUACGUUACUAAACUGCCUCACCUGUCUAAGCGUGUGUUGUACCCCGGGCCAGUCUCCAAGUCCUGGCUACGUACAGUCAACACUCUUCACGCCUUCCCUCAUGCGCUGGCUCUGGUGGCCUACCUCCUGGACCUGGUGACACACAUAGAGAGUCCGGUGGAGGACGACUGGCUUUACAUCAGUAAGGACGACCUGAGCUGUCUGCGGAGAGAUUACUUGUAUAAGUGCUGGAUAAGAUUCCAACAUCCAGGACACCAGUUCGAGGAUCUGAAUGAAGAGUAUCUGGUGAACUUGAAGUCGUUGCUGGGGAACGACGAGGAGAAGAUCAAGGAGUUGGAGCAAGUUAUACUGAAAUACUCUGCGUGUCUGAAUGACGAGGCGGAGGCGGCCGCUCGGGCUGAAGUGGCGCGGCGCGAGGAAAGGCGCUCCGCCCUCGGGGCCGCAUUGAAGGGAGCCAAGGCCACUCGGAGGGACACGCGGGCCGCCAGUGAAGCACUACGGGCAGAGGCCCGGGACGCGGACCAGGAGGCUAAGAUGAUAGACGCUGACGUCGACAGAAUCAGUGCGGAGCUGGAGCGCGUUACGUCAGACCUGGAGUCGCAGGUGAUGUCUCGUGAGCAGCGCGCCAGACUGCUGGACGACUUGGACUACGCCGUCAGGGUGCACGACUCCAAGAGGACGCUGGCCGACGAGAUACAGAAGAUGGUGUCAAGCAAAGAGACGGAGCUGGCUCUGUGGCAGAAGAAGACCCUGGAGAGCUGCGGGGAGUACCGCCAGAGGCUCAUACACCUGGCGGGGCUGCCGGCGCUCAACGCACUCGCCAUCGACGAGAAUUCGUUGAUGGGUGCCGAGUGUGUGUCGCUGGUGACCCUGGCCGUGGACACGCUCCGUGAGGAGGCCAGCCGUCUGUCCGCUAAGAAGAAUGAACUCCUGAGGACCAGGAGCGCUCUGGCGAGGAAGAGAACUGCUAUGAUGGAAGAGGCGCGGUCGAAGAUCGGCGAGGUGGCCGCGACCGUGGAGAGAGAACAGAAGAGUCUAGAGGGAGAGAGAGAGAGGGAGGCAGAGGAGGUGAGGAAGUGGACCAGGCACGAGGGAGAGACGCGCACCAGGCUACAGGAGCUGGAGCACAGGAUACAGCAGUACAGGAGCGUGGCCGACCACCUCGCCUACUGGGAGGACAGAGACGGACUGUGGAGAUCCAAACUGUCGGAGUUGAAGGAAUAUAUAGAGCAGCAGAAGAUUGUGAUGCAGAAGAGGCUGGAGCAGGGGAGGGCGAGGAGGGCGCAGCUGGUCGAGGGUACCCUCCGCCUGUGGAGGGAGAAGCUGGGCGGGAACAGCGAAAUACACAGGGAGUGAGCGGCCGGAGUGUGUUGGUGUGGCUUACAGUUAGUUGUGCUCCUUAUAACAUAAUUCGCGCUCAUCCGGUUCGUGCCAUCAAAGAUUAAGCAAGCUUUGCCAUCACGCGCCGGAUGGGUUUGUACCAAUAAAUACAUUUGUCGUUAUAGUUAAUAUUACUUAUAUAUUAAACAUACUAACUUC